AUGCACUGCUCAAUCAAAAAGCACCCAACGAAGUCAAACACUUGGAUCCCGAGCCACACAUUGCCCAGUUUCCAGAGUACUGGUUUUUAUGACUGGAGACUGAUCGAUGAUGCAUCGAAGCACGAAGUGAUGAAGGGACGCUUUGUGGUGCUGCCAAAGAACACCCGAAACCACAACUACUACGAGAUUCCUUCCGAUUUAGAAAUCGCUCACCGCCAAGAUAGCAAAACGGCUACUUCUUCGACUCUUUCUUUGGUCCAUAGCAUGCUUCCUUCUCUCAAAGAGAAAGGAGUGGAUGUUCUGUCUUUUGCUAUCCCUCCUGCCCAUUCCACACAGCCAUUGAUUCAAACCGACACUGAAGAAAUCGGGUUGCGCAUGAGUUCUGUCGAUUCUUCUCCCUUGGAAACGAAUUCUGAAAACGAAGGCAUUUCCCUCGCCGAUUCGAAAGCAAGCUUGCUUUUCCCCUCAGAUCACUACUUCUUUGGAACCGAUGCUGAGUUCCAGUCGCUUUACAAAGAGCUGAAGCGUUUAGAUAUGGAUGUCAUGAUCCCAAUUAUUCCGAACUAUUCGUUUAAUGGAGAGGACGUCGUCUACUACUACGAUAUGGGUGUUUUGAAAGUUCAUCCAGGAACUGAUGGAAAAGAAACGCAAUGGGAAAACGAAACGUUGCCAAACUACCGACUUAAAUCAACGUGGGACUGGUAUAUUCUCCAGAUCAUUUCUCUGAUUCGCAAAUAUCAGAUCACCUAUUUCUAUCUCCAGGAUUGUCAGUCGCUUCCGAUUCUGCUGGAAACAGACUAUUCGAAUGUGUCUGGCGAUGCUGAGCUUUUGGAUCUGAUUCACGGGAAGACUGUUGUUGCCAAUGAAGAGUGUGGGUAUUGGAACUGCGAUGCAGCUCUGGCAAGUGGCUAUUCCAAUCCAUUUUUAGUGAAAUUAACGCGAAAGAUCGCCGAGAUCGAGCCGACAUGUCUUCUCUGCGGAAGUGCUUACUGGGGACGCAGCCAACACAUUCUACAAUGCGGAGUGGUUCCCUUCUGUGACGAUUUGCUAAAGUCUUUAUGUCUACUGAAUGGGACCGAUCUGAACAAGAGUGGAUUUGUGGAGCGAACGUAG